AUGGGAGUCGCCCCCAGCAUGAAAGCGGCCCAGCCACUAGUUGCACAGCCCCUUGUGCCAUCUGCACAAGCGGCUGCCAUGGCUGCCAAAGCAGCGGCACCACGGGCAACUCCCGUGACCGUCACCAAGACAUCUGCACCUUACCCAGGCGCAGCUGGUUCAGCAGGACCAGCACGCCCUGCGGGUGCAGCGGGCAAAGUGGGUGCAGCUGCGGCGGCUCCAGCCGCAGCGGGUCCAGCCACAGCGGCUGGAGAGGCUCCAAAUGCCAAGAUGAAGGACAUCUGGCCUCUCUAUGAGGCCAAGAUGAAGAAGGAGGGCCUCAAUGAUGCGGCCAUUGCUGCCUUCAAGUACAACUUCUCUGUCCUGACGUCCGGGCAAGACACGAUGAUUCCGGAAAGCUCCAUCAGCCCCGUGGACACGCUGCCCACCUACGAGUCCUUGAAUGUUGAGGAGGACUCCUCUUUACUGAGGCGCACGGUGGUGCUGAAGCUGAACGGCGGCCUCGGGACUGGCAUGGGCUUGGAAAAGGCGAAGUCCUUGCUGCCGGUGAAGCAGGGCCACACAUUCCUGGACCUCAUUGCCCAGCAGGUGGAGUCCAUGAAGGAUACCUUCGGCACAAAUGUGAAGUUCAUGCUGAUGAACUCCUUCUCCACUUCCGCAGACACCUUGGAAGCUCUUGCCAAGUAUCCGUCUUUGGGCACAGGCAGCGACCUGGAGUUCGUGCAGAACAAGGCUCCCAAAGUCACCGAGGAGGACCUGAAGCCAGCCACCUGGGCAGCGAGCCCCGAUCUCGAGUGGUGUCCUCCCGGACACGGCGACCUCUACCCAGCCAUGGUGGGCAGUGGAACACUGGACAAGCUCCUCAUGCAAGGCAUCAAGUACAUGUUUGUUUCCAACUCGGACAACCUUGGAGCGACCUUGGACUUGAAGCUCCUGACCUACUUCGCCAGCACCAAGGCCCCUUUCAUGAUGGAGGUGGCCACCCGCACGGAUGCUGACAAGAAGGGCGGGCACCUUGCGAAGGACAACAAGACUGGAGGCUUGCUCUUGAGGGAGACGGCGCAGUGCCCCGAGGAAGACGAGAAGGAGUUCCAGAAUGUUGCCAAGUACAAGUUCUUCAACACCAACAACCUCUGGGUGGAUCUCGAGGCUCUUGCCGACCAGUUCCGAAAGAGUGGGGGCGCUCUGCAGCUUCCGGUCAUGAAGAACGGCAAAACCGUGGACCCCCGUGACAAGAAAUCGACGAAGGUCCUUCAGCUGGAGACCGCGAUGGGCGCCGCAAUCUCCUGCUUCCCGGGUGCUACUGCCGUGGUGAUCCCACGCUCGCGCUUUGCUCCGGUGAAGACGACAAAUGACCUCCUGGCCCUCAGAUCAGAUGCGUAUACGCUUACACCGGAUUACCGCAUCGAGCUGGAUCCGAAGAGGAACGGUGUUCCUCCCAACGUGAAGCUAGAUGGCGCAUACAAGUUUGUUGAUGCGAUGGACGGGAUGAUUCCCAACGGACCCCCUUCCCUCAUUGACUGCAAGAAGCUGGCAAUUGAGGGUCCCGUCGUGUUUUCCCCUGGUGUCAACCUCGCCGGCGAGGUGACAAUAAAGAAUGCCAGCGGUGAGAAGAAAGCGGUGGCGCCGGGCGACUACAAAGACACCACUCUGAUGCUUUGA